AUGGGCGAUUUACAGGUGAUGGAGCUGACGGACGUGGUGAUAUCAUCGCGGAGACCGUCUGAGGACUCGAAUUCCGACGGACAACAGUCCCAGCAACAUCAGAGUGGUAGCAUGCACUUACAUCCUGGUUACAGGCAACCAAGAUCGCGGUCGCCGAGCAUUCGGUAAGCAUUGGGGUGCACGUAGAAGCCUGUUCGGUCGAUUUUUUUUUUAUUAGGCACGCGUGAGCCUGUUGAGAUUAAGUAAAAAAAACGGUUAGCAGCAGAGCUAAACGAACUGAUGAUCUCACCAAGUUUAAGACUCAACCAGUCUUGGUCUUGUUGAAAUAAAACAUCAGGGCCCAGUGUACUUACAUACAAUGUCGGGCUGGCACACCAAAGGCCUCUGGAGCAUUUUGCUCCGUAGAUGAAAAAUCAAAAAUGUUAUGCGUAUCAAUGGGUUAUUAGACCAGAAAUUGGUGUUAUUUAUCGAUAAUAUUUCUAAAAAUAACAAUACAUUUUUUGGUUACAUAAAUUAUAUAAACUAUAUUGAAAAAGUGAUUUUCUUUUGAAUUUCAGUUUUCAGACUUUUGUACAUAAACUUAUUCACUCACUCAAUUAUUAAUAACAAAUUGAUUAAAUUUUACUUUUAUUAUUUUUCUGAACUUAUCGAUAAAUUAGUGAACUGAAGUCUAAUAAAUAUUAUGUAUACAUCUUAAUUUCUGAACAAACUAUAAUCAGUAGUUAAAGAACGUUAUAUUCUACAAAUCUUGAAACCUGGAGUGACCUUAGGCACAAACGAUGAGUUUAGAAGUACCUACGUUAGAAAUUGGUUAUUACUAAAUGUGAAUUUGCGGGUAGAAAUGCAUUGGGGAUUUCAAAAAAUAUUUCAAGCAAUUACUAAAGUACGAAAAUUCCGCUUCUUUUAAGAUACCAAGUGAAACGUAAUAUACUGAGCUAUUCUUUAGCGGCUGUUAUAAUUUCCUCAGCUAUGACCAGAAUCCGGGGAAAAAAUCACAAGAAAUUGGACUCCGACGCAUUAAGUCGGACAAUUGCCGAAAUCGGCGUAGUUAACUCUGUGUAUUUUAAUAUUAUGAUGAAGUCGAUCAUCGCUCGAGUCUAAUUUCGGGAUGACCCAAUCUUUCAGGUAAACAAUAUUUCGGGUCGAUACUCUGCAAGUCGUAUGGAUCGAUUUCGUGAAUUCAAUAAAUAUUGUUAAAUUACAAGCAUCAAAUAUAAUAUCACGUGGGAAAUCAGUUUUAGAUAAACGUUCAUCGUACUCAAAUACAUUACAAUAUCAUCGUAACAAUCUUUUCUUAUCGUGUGUGCAGGAGAGAGCACCGGUCUCCGUCGCCGAUCAGAAGGUUAUACCAUCAUCCGCAUCAUUACCACCACAGUCAUCAUCCGCACGAAAUCGGAUUCAGCGACACCGUGUCCAAUGUGGUGGAGAUCGUCAAACAAGAGAACCGUCGACACAGAACAGGUAAUUAAUUGCCAUGCCUAACCAAAACGUUAACAUGUAAUAUUACCAAUACAAUAUAUAUAUAUAUACUUAUUCUUACCUAUACAAUUUUUCACACGUAUGCAUAAUAAUAUACACCGUAUUAGAUGAAUGGUUUUAGUACACACACGAUAUAUAAUAUCGUAAAUCGCGGUCCAUAUACGUGUCCCGCACACGGAAAUCAAAUUGUAUUUGAUACCGGUAUAUAGGUAUGUUAAAUCUUCGAAAUCGACGUGUCUCAUAUCCGAAAUUUUAUCCGAUCGAAUCUAUGAAGUUUACACAUAGGCGUCACUAAGGGAUACUGAGGGAUACUUUGCUAUCCCGUAAUAUGUUUGGUGAUAGCAAGGUCGUCGUAUUAAUAUUCUAAUGCUUUAAAAAUGUAUUUAAUCUAAUAUAAUAUUCGAUAUUUAUUAUACAUGUCUAACGAAAAUGAUUAAAGUAAUAACGUAGAGAGUAAUCAGUGAAAAUAUCAUGGGAAAAACAAUUUUCGACUAUUGACGUUAUACGAUUAAUAAUAAUAUAUUCUGUGACAGUAUCAUAACGUUAAUUAUAUUUUGUUCAUAUGCGAAUUGUUUAUGUAUACAACCUACCUAAAAAUAUUUUUUCUAGAAAAACAAGUUUAUGAAAUUAUUAUAUUUGAAAAAAAUACUAACUUAAAGAAAUAAGUGGCCAAUUUACAAACAAUUAGAUCGGUUUUUGUUAACUAUAGUUACGGUUUAGAUUAUUUUAAAGAAGAAUGAAAGAAACCAACAUCAGUAUUCGGUAUAAAAGAAUACUUAAAACCAGUAUUCGUCCUCAGACGUAGUUUUUUAGGUUUUAAAAUUAAAAUUUCAAUUUAAAUAUUGAAAAUAUUGUAGUAGCGUGAAAUUAGCUAUAUUUGAACAUAAAGUGUUAAAAUAAUAGGUUUACAUAUACUAGAAACGAGGGACACAUUUAUUUUCGUUUUUAAAGUGAAGUUGUGAAGUUGUUUUCAUUUAACUUUCAAAAAAAUAAACAGAAUGCAAAUUUUUGUUUGAUAUUUUUUUCUACGUUCCAAAAAUUUUGAAUCUAGUGACGCCCAUGAGUUUACAUUAUGCGUACUUUACGUUUACAUGCACCGAGUAUAAUAUAACAUGUUAUGGUAUUAAUUCAAGAGAUGAGAUUAACGUGACAUUACAAUGAAAAUUCAAAUUUAUUUUUUUUUUCAAAUGAACAAACCCCGAACAUAAAGAGGGUCAAUAUAUAUAGUCGUAAUUGGUAAGCAUAUUAAAUUAUAAAGGAGAACAUUCACUAAAACGCCAAGCCGAAUUAGUCUAAAUACUAUAGAUUUAUUAACAUAAUAUAAUAUGUAUAACCAUUGGCGCAAAUAGGGGGCUCGGGGAGUUAUCCCCCUCUCAAACUCGGACAACACGCUCCCAAAUCAAGUCUUCAUCAAAUAUAUUAUAUAAUAAUAGAAUGGUCGUCCCUUAAAAAUAUCCCCAUUGAAAUUAUCUAUUAUUCAAAAUAUCCCCAUUUAAAUUAUGGCACGUACAUUGUAAACUCCCAUAGGUGUUUGGAAAUACAACAAAAGUUUCCAAGUGUUUUUUCAGUUUACGGAAAAUAGAGGAAAAUACAAAGUAACGGAUUUCAGGCGAAAUAUGGUCAAGAUUCCGAAUUUGUGUUACAACAGUACGACUGCUUCGUAUUAGGAAUGUUACGGGAUAUUUUGAAGGGAUUAUUUUCACUGCGGGAUAUUUUGAUGGUGCAUCACCGUGUACUUUUUAUUGUGUAUAUAAUCUUGAAAAAUCUUAAAGAUAUCUUUAAUUUAUCGACGCUCUGGCAGAAUUAUUGGUGCACCCCUUCGGACAAUAAUUGGGCUAUUUGCGCUUAUGGGUACAUUAUCAUAAUGUUUAUGUCCGACGAUAGAAAUAAUAUAAUACAAUGUAAUGAUUAUGUUAUGAUGAUGAUGAGAUUCGAUCGUAAACCAUCGGUGGUUUUUUUGUUUUUUUUUUUUUUCGUUAGGUCGAGAUACUCGAAGUCAAACAUAACGGAAAACGGUACAAUAUAUUAUUGCACGUAAUUUUUUAUUUUCACUUUAUAUAUUAUAUAAUUGCGAAUAUAUAUAUAUAUAUAUUAUAUAUAUAAAUACACAUACAUACAUACAUAAUAUAUAGGUAGAUAAUAUACGAUUAUUGUUGUACUUACUUACUUGAAAUUUCGAGUAUAUAUAAAUAUUAUUUUUUUUUUUUUACAUAUUAUUCAGUUGAUUUUUUAUUAUUAUUUGUUUUUUUUUUUUUUUGAACGACAUUUCUAUAAUAUAUUAUAAUUUUUACAACACACACUCACAUCAUUAUAUUAUCAUUAUAAUAAAUAAUAUACACGAACAUGAUAUUAUAAAUACUAUAUUAAAAAAAAAAAAAAAAAAAAAAAAAACUGACAUUUUCAUCUUUUCUUUUUUUUUUUUUCAUUGCGUUCAACUACAAUAUUUUGGUACAUAUUAUUGGUAUACAUUAUACAUAUUAUUACAACACAUCAUGAGUAUGUCAUAUUAUUAUUUCAUUUAACAAUAAUACCCAUACAUUGAAUCAUUUGUUUUUUCAUUUUUUGUUACGUUAUUUUUUUUUUUUUUUUUUUGAAAACAGUAAAAUAGAUUUAAAAAUAUUGUUUUUGUGUACAAUUUAUAUAUUAUUACAAAUAUAUAUAUAUAUAAAAUCAUUAGCAUGAAACGUAUUCUAUACAUAUAGAUACUAUAAUAUACUAUACGAUACGAAAAAUAAUAAUACUGCGCAAAAUAUAUAAUGAAAAAUGUAGUUUCGUUUGGUCCAUUAUAAAUAUGUUUAUUAAAUUGUGUAUAAUAAAGUAAUACAUAAAGUAUUAAAUCAUUCAUAAUAUACUAUGUUUUAUCGUUAUCUAUCGAUUAAAACUACUGGUAAUAAUGUAAUUUUCGAAGAUUUAAUCGUUUGGUUUUUGUGUAAAUCGCAUUUGAAAAGGCGAACAACCGUGACGCGGCGAUAAACUAUCCGUCGUUCUUACACACCAUGCUACACGUAUGCCGUUUUUGUUUAUUCUCCGUCGCACAAACGUACGGCUCGACAAAUUCCGAGUGUAUCAGAACUGAUUUCGUGCCGUCAGGUUUCGUGUCAAUGUGAAUCGAUCGAACGCUUACAAGGGAAUGUUGGUAUUAUGUGUGUUUGUACGUCGGUUUUUUUUUUCGUUUUCGUCACAUUCAUUUUUAAGCGACUUAUGAGUACGUGAUAUACCGCGAAUUAAAAAUGCCUGUAUCUCGCUUAACAAUUAAAAUAUUGCACGUACAAACUACAUAUUAUAACAGCGCAAAAUCGGUUCUACGUUAUUGUUGCCAUUAACUUGUUAAAAAUAAUUUUGGAAAAUUAAUUUAUAUUUAACUUUUUAACUUAAAUAGUUAAUUGAUUUCAUCUUUAACUUCUUUACUGGUUUAAAUUUGCGUAACAUAAACUUAACAGUUUAUUCCCAUAUACGUUCACUAAAGUUGACGUGUUGAACUCGGAAUGAUUUUUUUCAAAAUCCGAAAUUCAAUUUCAAUUAGUUAAUUUAUUUUUUACUAUUUACUGUAAGGUAAAAUUCGUUUACAUGUGAACUUUUACUUACGCUAGUCGAACAUAAAAAUGUAUAAAAUUUCGUUUAUUACUGAAGGAUUCCUUUGUUUAAUAGAAUUAACUCGAUCAAAAAAAUUAUUUUCAUUAACAUACGUUAAUUCUGCUUCGUAGUCGCAGACCCUAACGGAGACGACAAAAUAAUGCACGUGUAGCGAUUUUUUUUUUUUAAAAAAAAAAAAAAAAAUGUACAGUUUUUAUUAUUGUUGUUUUUUGUUUUUUUUUUUUUCCUAAAAUUAUUUUAGACGUGAUUAUCAGCCCGGUUUGCCAUUCAACGGCCAUUUAUUCGAAAACGCUUAUAUACAUAUACAUAUACAUAGCUUGAUUGAAUAUAUUCUAAUACAUAAUAAUAAUACGUAAUAUUAUCUUUUUGUUGUUAUAAUAAAUUAUUGUUUACGAUUGCCAUACCGUGUACAUUUUGCUAUCUUAUAUUUUUUUUUUGGUUUGACCUAGCUAUCAGUCCGCGGGCUGUAGAUAUAAUAAACAACUACACUAUAAUUAUAACAACAUCAUAAUGGGUUUGACGUAUAAUCGUAUGUACGGUUCCGAGUCGCUUGUAAAUAUAUUUUUUUGCCGGGGCUGUAAAAGAAAUUUCGGGUGGUCUGCAGCGAACAUCCGGUAUUUGAAGGGGGUCCAAUUAUUUGAUAGCCGGUAAAGUUUAGAUUCCGUCAAUGCAGUAUGUCCACUAUAAAAUAAAUGGCGAACGAUUGUAUAGAGGAAAUUUUAUAUUAUAUACAGAAAACACUCUCAUUAGGAGGGAGUGACCGGGGAAAAUUCGAUUUGAUUAGGAUCACGGGGUGUUUUAAGUGGGGGGAAGUGAACACGCAGUGGAUGUUCUCUAAAAAAAAUAGUCCUGUUAAAUAAAACCGAUAAGUUCGUAAGACCGUCUGCAGAAUAUUACGUCCUAUGAGUGUUGGGUAAAUGAAUUCAGUCCAGUAGAGUUUCACUACGAUUCGGGGAAUGGUUUUUUUUUUUUUUUUUUUACGAAAUGCAGGCGAUGAAUAUUUUGAUAUUGAUUUCCCUGCGAUACAGGGGACGAAAAAACGACACGAUAGCCACGGAGCUCGGGCGAAAGAGGGGGAAAUAAGGGCGUACACGUUGAACGGCUUGAUAAGUGCAGAUCGCCACCGGAAAACCAUAAUCGCCCGAACGUAGAUAAUUGUAUUGCGUCCACGCUAUCCCGGGGCGUUUUAAAAGUAAAAAAAAAGAAACAGAAAUCUGCAAUUUUUGACGUGGAACCGGAAUAAAAAUAAGCGCACUAUCGCAUUUUGCAAUAACUCGAUUUUAUUUCGAUUGCACAGUGAAAUAUUAUCGUUGGCGGGCCGUCCCCCUCCCCUCCCCCCCAAUGGCGAACAUCGCUCGUUCAAGUGUUUGUAUUUAUAAAUAUACGCACCAAACACGCGUGGUAUAGGUACGGUACGCGCGCGGUCGAUGCUCGAACCGCACAUUUAUCCGUAGCGACGAUUUGCCAAUUCGGUGAAAAUGUUUAGAAAUCAUAGAAAACGAUAGUCUCGCGGCAAAUCGCCGAUUUCGCAUAAAUCAAAUACUAUUUAUUUUGUGUGUGUGUGUGCGUUAUUAAUAAUUCUGGGAAAAAUGUUAAUAACGAUUAAACGUUCGCGUGCCUGCGUGCGCGUGUUCGGUUUUUCCGCCCACAGGUUCUUGGUCCGCGUCGACGAGCCCGGUGCGGUCGCCCAGCCCGGACCGGUCGGAGAACGGCCGCACGUACUACGGCACCACCAGCCUGGACCAGCGUUCGCGUUCGCCGUCGCCGGUGUCGACGGGCGGCAACAGCCGACGCCAACAGCAGCACCGUCUCGGCCAGCCGCACCAUCUGCAACACCGGCAACAGCUGCUCCAUCACGGGGGCACGGCGGUCGACGGCGGAGGAACGUCGACGUUGUCGUCGGCCACCACCGGGCCCGCGAUACCGCCAAGACAACCGUUACCGUCGCAGCAAACGGCGGCGGCGUCCGCAGCCCAGUCGGCGUCCGCGACCGCGUCGCACCAGCCGCACCAGUACCAGCACCAGUUGCACGCGACGUCCGUGUCGGCGAUGAUGACGGGCGUGGCGGCGGCGUCCGCGGCGGCCGCGAACCUGACGAUGCCCCCGCCGUCUAUGCUGGUCAACAGCAGCUACCCCGUGCUGGCCGUGAUCGGGUGCAACCGACGCCGGUUACCGCCCACGCCGAACAAACCGUCGUCGCUGCAGCUCCGGCCGCCGCAUUCGGCGUCGAUAAACUUCCCGAAGCUGAACUCGUCGCCGACGCGCGGCUCGCCCGCGGCUCUGCCCAAGCCGCCCGUGCCGGCGUCGGCCACGGCCGCGGCCGUGGCACGGCAAAGCAUGGCCAUGACGGCGAUGCCGCCGCUGAGUUUCGAACAGGCCAUGUCGAUCGGCCGCAGCGGCCGGUUACUGCCGUCGCCGGUGCGCAACGGUUACGCGGCCUCGUCGUCCAAACAGCAGUUGCAGCCGUCGUCGGUGGCCGCCGCCCGGCGGCAGAAGAUCAACGGCAGCGGCGGCGGCGGGGUCGGCGGCACCGGUGUCGGCGGCGGCGGCGGCCGGGUCAGCAGCCGGCACAGCGACUCGGACGAGGACGACUGGUGCUAA